AUGGAGGGAACACUACCAUAUCUCAAAGGCCAGCCCGAAAUUAUCUUCUUCACAGAUUUUGACGGAACAAUCACGCUCGAAGAUUGCAACGACUUCUUGGUUGACAACCUCGGGUUUGGCUACGACAAGCGCCAGGUACUCGAACGAGAACUUAAUGCGGAAAAUAUAAGCUUCAGGGUUGGCUUCAAGGAUAUGCUUGACAGUGUGGAAGCCCCCUUUAGCACCUGUCUUCAAGCCCUAAAAGAGAACAUCAAGCUCGACCCUCACUUCGUCGAGUUCUACAGAUGGGCACAGGAACACAACAUUCCAGUUGUGGUCCUCUCUUCUGGGAUGGAACCUGUCAUCACAGAACUGCUAAAGGGUUUUCUCGGCUCCAAUGCUGAGAAUAUCUUCGUGGUUGCAAAUGAUGUCGAGUCCAGGGAUGGGAAGGAUAUCAAUAUUCCCGGCGGCUGGCAAGUCAAGUUCCGCGACAGCAGCCAUUUUGGACAUGACAAAUCUCUGGCCAUCAGGCCUUAUGCUGCAUUGCCCGACCAGCAGAGGCCCCUCUUGCUCUAUGCUGGAGACGGUGCCUCCGAUUUGUCGGCUGCCUCGGAGACGGAUAUUCUCUUUGCAAAGACAGGAUUAGGCCUGGUCAAGUAUUGUGAGAGGAAGGGGAUCCCAUUCGUUCCUUUUGAUAACUGGGCAUCGAUCCACGCUACCGUCAAGGAGAUUUUCAAAGCACGAGGUGGCACCAAUUUGGCAGCCAUUCCUGAAGACUACGUGAGAAACUAG